AGCCUUCCAGUCUAUGCAAAAACAACAAGUGCAACUCCAACACACGGUAGAAUCACGGUUUUUUAUCAAAUUUUAUAUUUUCAAAACCUAGAUUUAAAAUCUCAAUUGUCUCCCGCGUUCAUAAAAUUAUAGGAAGAAGAUGGGAGACUUUUAAUCAAUGGAAUCAAACAAAAGGAUUUGAAAAUCACGAAUCUAAAGUCUUCAACUGCACGAAUUUUACGCGACGCUAAAUUUUUAUUUCACCAAACCUCAAAUUAUCUCUUUCCAAAAUAACAAAUUCUCCGCAGAAAAGGGUUCCAAGUUUUCCCCUUCGGAUGCGAGCGAGUUGGUGGACUUUUGCGGCUUUGACUUUGACCUAAAAAUUUAGCACGAGAGGUUGUGUGCGAGUUGGACUGGAAAACCGAGCAUGAAGAGAGGAAGACAGAAGCGAGGAACAGGAAGAGGAAGGAAAGCGACGGCCAACAAUGGCGUGGAAGGAGGAAUCUUUGAAUCUCUUCUCCGAGACGAAGAGCAGAAUAAGAGGGUUCGUCCUCUUAUGUCCUCUACCCACGCUCGUCUCCUGAGAUAGCUUUGGUUGCUUUCCUUCCUUCCCCGAGAUGGCGACGGCGUUGCCGGAGCUAUCGCCGCCCGGCGGCAGAUGGAAGAGAGCGUUGAGCAGGCUGAACCACGGUGUGGCCAAGAGUAGAGUCGGCCGCUACUUCAAGCUCGAGGAGCGUAGGUCGAGCUUCACCACCGAGGUCCGGGCGGGGACCGCCACCUUCCUUACCAUGGCCUACAUCCUCGCUGUCAACGCCAGCGUCCUCACCGACUCCGGCGGACCUUGCUCCGUCGCAGACUGCCUGCCCCUCUGCAGUGUCCCCACUAUUCCGGUUUCCUCCUGCUCCGGCGUCUCCCCCAACGGCACCGCCCUCUCCGUCGUCCAGCCCGACGACUCCUGUAAGUUCGCCCCCGUCAACCCGGGCUACUCCGCCUGCCUGGAUCGCACGAGGAAGGACCUCAUCGUCGCCACCGUCGCGUCGUCGCUCAUCGGCUGCUUCAUCAUGGGCACCCUCGCCAACCUCCCCCUGGCGCUCGCUCCCGGCAUGGGAACCAACGCCUACUUCGCCUACACCGUCGUCGGCUUCCACGGCUCCGGCAGCAUCUCCUAUGGGAGCGCCCUAGCAGCCGUCUUCAUGGAAGGCCUACUCUUCCUCCUCAUCUCCGCCUUCGGCUUCCGUGCCAAGCUCGCCAAGCUGGUGCCCAAGCCCGUCCGCAUCUCCUCCGCCGCCGGGAUCGGCCUCUUCCUCGCCUUCAUAGGUCUCCAGAACAGCCAGGGCGUCGGCCUCGUCGCCUACAGCUCCUCCACGCUCCUCACGCUCGGCGCGUGUCCUCGCAGCUCCCGGGCCUCCCUCGCGCCCGUCCUCACCGUCAACGGCACCGUCUCGCUCAUCCCCGGUGGGACCGUCUCCGGCGACAUCCUCUGCCUAGGCCACCGAAUGGAGAGCCCCACCUUCUGGCUGGGCGUCGCUGGGUUCGUUCUCAUCGCCUACUGCCUCGUCCGCAACAUCAAGGGCGCCAUGAUCUAUGGCAUCAUCUUCGUCACAGCCGUCUCCUGGUUUCGGGGCACGAGCGUGACGGCGUUCCCCAACACCGCCAGCGGAGACGCCGCCUACGCCUACUUCAAGAAGGUGGUCGACGUCCACAAGAUUGAGCGGACCGCCGGCGCUCUGAGCUUCGCUCAUGUAGGCGAAGGCCAGUUCUGGGUGGCCCUCGUCACCUUCCUCUACGUCGACAUACUCGACACCACCGGCACGCUCUACUCCAUGGCCAGGUUCGCCGGGUUCACCGACUCCAACGGCGACUUUCCCGGGCAGUACUUCGCUUUCAUGAGCGACGCGUCAUCCAUCGUCGUGGGGUCGUUGCUGGGCACGGCGCCGGUGACGACCUUCAUCGAGUCGUCGACGGGGAUCAAGGAAGGAGGGCGGACGGGACUGACGGCGCUGACCACGGCGGCUUACUUCAUGCUGGCCUUCUUCUUCACACCGCUGCUGGCGUCGAUCCCGGCAUGGGCGAUAGGCCCUCCCCUGAUUCUGGUCGGCGUCCUGAUGAUGAGAGCGGUGGUGGAGGUCGAUUGGGACGACAUGAGGGAAGCCAUCCCGGCCUUCAUCACCAUGAUCGUCAUGCCGCUCACCUACUCGGUGGCCUACGGCCUCAUCGGCGGCAUCGGCACGUACAUCGUGCUGCACCUCUGGGACUGGAGCCACGACGCCUUGCUAAGCCUCAGUGCCAGCGUCAAAGCGCGGCACCAGAACAAGAACAACAGCAACGCCGAGGCCGAGGCCGGCGCCGGCAACAUCAACGGAAACGUCGUGUAGAUUGAGUCCCCAACAUCCCCUUCAACUAGUUACUUCUUUGGUAUCAUUUAUGAACUCAUUAGUUUGUUAAUCACCAUUAUUUACUAUGAUCAGGUAUUCUUAGGCACUCCGAUGUAAAUUGAUCGGUCACGCAUUCGGUAAAAGGAAGUUUUUGAUGGUUUAUUUCAUCUGCAAGUUUUACUUUCUUUCAUUUUUUUUAAGAAAGCGGUGCGAUUCGGGAGAUCGGGGAUGGAAAGCAAAGAGACAAAAACUGGAGCGUCGGGCUGUCGAAGCGUGGAGGGGGGCCAUUCCAGUAGUGGAAGAGGGAAAGACAGGAGAAGGAGCCACGUCCAUGGCUGACCUUGGGUCCGCACUUCGAAAGGGUGGCAGGUGAUGGGGUAGGAGAUAGAGUCUAUCGACUCUUUGUGAUCGAGUCUGCCUCCGUCGUUUUCGGUCAUUCGAGAAGUUAUUCUGAGAAAAUGGAACGCAAGGUGUUAAUACCCGUGGACCAUGCAUGCCUGUAACUUUUUAUCUUAAAAAGCAUUUAGGGUGAUCGGCUGACAUAAAAUCCUUUUAUGUAGGGCCUGUAUAGUUAGUAAGCAAACACUCGAUUUGGGAUCAAAAUCUUUAGUAUAUAGCCAA